AGGGGAGGGAAGCAAAAGUGGUUUUCAUGCGACGACUCGGGGCAGAUGGUGCUUGGCAAUGUUCAUGUAGAAACGCGCUCGCCCAUCCAGCCGAGGGAAUAACCUCGUGCGCCGCUAAGUCUGAUCACAAAUCUCACUCAAACACACAAUUUAACCUUCAAUUACGUAAACUAGUUAACAAAGUUUUCUGAAUACAAAUUCCGUGUGUCUUUGAGGAUCCCAAGACUUCUGACGUUUUCCGAAAUUACAAGCAUGCAUCAAACGAGAAGUUUCAUCGCAACCAAUUGCCGAUCAGGCAGAAGAGGAAUUUUCGUAUCUGUGAUAAUAUUGGGAUUCAUUCUGUGUUCGAUAUUGUUGGCACAUACGGCGUUUUCACCGGGGUCUGAUUAUCGUAAUGUGAAACAAGUCGCAAUAAUUUUCCGUCAUGGCGAUCGAACACCGACCGAAACUUAUCCAAAAGAUCCUCACAUUAAUCACGAGUGGGAGGAUGGUUGGGGCGCUUUGACAAGGAAAGGUAUGGCGCAAGAAUACACACUCGGUCAAUGGAUCAGAAGCGAAUAUGGGUCGAUAAUUGGCCCAAAAUACGAGAGCUCGAAAACGCUGGUUCGCAGCAGUUAUGCCGAUCGUUGUAUAAUGUCAGCCCAGGCCUUAUUGGCUGGAUUAUUUCGGCCCGAUGUGGGCGAUUAUUUCGUGCCCGAAAUGCCAUGGCGUCCGGUACCGGUUCACACAACACCAAGAAAUUUGGACAAGCUAAUAGUCGUCGAAGCUGACUGUCCCCGGAUGAGAGCCGCGGUUGCCGAGACGUAUAAGAACGAAUCCAAGAGAUCGGACGCUCAACUUCAUGAUUACUACAAAAAAUUGGAGGAAUACACUGGACAAAGAAUGAGAACGAUUACGGACGUGGAAUUGCUCUACAACACUUUGGAAAUUGAAGAAGAUAACGGUUUGACUCUGCCCGAUUGGACCAAGGAAUUUUACAAUUCAGAAAUGCGAGACAUCGCAGCUCGAAGUUACGCGCUCUUCAGCAGCAACACUGUAUUAAAAAGGCUUCGCGCAGGGCCUCUCUUGAAAGAAGUUUUGGACCGUAUGGUCGACUGGGUUGAUCAAAAGAACCAACGAACUCUGUAUCUUUACUCAGCCCACGACGUAACGCUCAUCACACUCUUGAGAACAAUGGGAUUUGAAGAGAAAAUGUACAAACCAGCUUACGGUGCUGCCCUCAUAUUCGAAUUGGUCGCCGGUAAAGAAGAGCACGACUUCGAAGUUCAAAUUAGAUAUCUAAACGACACAGAAACGAACGAAUCCCAUCACAUGAGACUUCCCGCUUGUCCCGAACGUUGCGGUCUCCAAGAGUUAUACGAAAUAUGGAAAGACGUGAUUCCAGAAGAUUGGGACGCAGAGUGCAAAUUAUGAGACCCCGUUCGUACCAACUUGGAUUUCCAUCACGAUGAAACAUUAGUGCAAACGUGCGAUGCCAGAAGAGAAAAAAAAUGUAUUCUAACCACAAACUGAGCGAAGAAAAAUAUUCGUGUUACGUAUACAGGGCUCGGUACUUCGUUUUCAUUGUUUACAAUCUCAUGUGUAUUUUACAAACAUUCCCCACGCCAUUUUCGCAGAAAUAUACUAUUGUAAAUCGCCCAA